AUGGGGCUCAACCCGCACACAUACCAGUUUCUCGUCAGCAUCUUUGCGUCGCUCGGCUCUGCGUUGUUUGGAUAUGACCUCGGUGUCAUAGCAGAAGUGGUGGGCAGCAGCUCCUACCAGGAGCUGUUCAACCCGACCCCUGCCGAAACUGGCGUCGUUGUGAGUUUGUUCACAGGCGGUGCCUUUUUCGGUGCCGCCUUCGCUGGGCCGACUGGAGACUGGUUCGGGCGCCGCAUGACGAUCCUGAUCGGGGCCAUCAUCUUCCUCCUUGGAGGGGCCCUCCAGACGGCAGCUCAGUCCAUCAAGUAUCUGUGGGCGGGGCGGUGCAUUAGUGGGCUAGGCGUUGGGUUUCUGGUCAUGAUCAUCCGAUGGGAAACAUCACUAACGUUGCCAACAGCCAUCUACCAAGGCGAAAUCGCCCACCGCGACAUCCGCGGCCGCGUAACGGCGCUGCAGCAAUUCAUGCUUGGCAUCGGCGCCCUGGUCGCCGGCUGGCUGUCCUACGGCACCUUCUCGCUCGAAGGGUCCAAGCAGUGGCGGAUCCCGCUGGGGAUCCAGAACGUGCCGGCCGUCGCGCUCGCGCUGCUGAUCCUGCUCUUCCCCGAGUCCCCGCGGUGGCUGAUCGACCACGACCGGGCCGAUGAGGGGCUCGCGACGCUGGCGCGGCUGCACGCGGGCGGCGACGUCGACGACGCCUUUGUGCGGGCCGAGUUUGCGCAGAUCAGCGAGAGCAUCGCCUUCGACCGCGAGCACGAGGCCAAGAGCUACGGCGAGCUGUUCACGUCGCGCAGCUCGUUCCGGCGCCUCUUCAUCGCCUGCGCACUGCAGGCGUCGGUGCAGAUGACGGGCGUCUCGGCCAUCCAGUACUUCAGCAUCGCCAUCUACAAGCAGAUCGGCAUCGACGGCCAGAGCGCGCUCAAGUACCAGGCUAUCAGCUCGGUCCUGGCGUUGAUCGCCCAGGCCAUGUGCAUUCUGUUUGUCGACCGAUUCGGUCGCCGGUGGCCCCUGAUCUAUGGAAACCUGGUCAACUGCUUGAUGUUCCUCAUCGCGACGGUCCUCAUUGCUCAGUUCGACCCCGAAACACACCAAGACGGCGGCGCAGGCUGGGGUUUCAUUAUCGUGACCUGGCUCUACAACAUCAGCUUCUCGGCAACGUGCGGGCCGCUCUCGUGGAUCAUCCCGGCCGAGAUCUUCGACACGCACACGCGCAGCAAGGGCGUCUCCAUCGCCACCAUGACCUCGUUCGCCUUCAACACCAUGAUCGGGCAGGUGACCGAGAUCGCAAUCACAAACAUCAAGUGGCGCUACUACCUCGUCUUUGUCGUCUGCAACUUCACCAACGCCCUCUUCUUCUACCUCGUCCUGCCCGAGACCAAGAAGCUGCCGCUCGAGGAGAUGAACUACCUCUUCACCAACGCGCCCUGGAUCAUCCCAGGAGCCGACCGCACAAAGUACAGCGCCGGGCUGGCAGAGGACCUCGAGCGGCGCGCCGACGAGCUGCGCGAAAAGGGGGCUGCGGCCGGAGCCGAGUCAGGUCACGCCUGA